AUGCAAUGGCGACUUAACCAAAGGCGUUAUUCCGCAUAUCGACAAUACUGUUUAAAAAUAGCCACAUUUUUUGUUUUCUUCGUAUUUAUUUAUGAAGUCUUCUUCAAACAAAGUGCCAAUUAUUCUCAACAUCCGCAUUUCCUCUACUUAAAGAAACUAGAGUCAUUAGGUCAAGCAACAUGUGAUAUUCCUCAGCUUAAUCCAUGGGAUCCCUCGAUUCUAUCAUAUUACAACAAGCCUAAUCGAUUGGACUGCCAACCGAAACAAGACGAGAUUGUGGAAAAAUUUGAGAACGGCACAUUAUUUUUCAAUCCAUCUAAAAUCAAAAAUAUUGUUUGCACAUUAACUCCAAUCGAAAAAUUCGAAGGAGUCUCCGAUUCAGAUGUUGAUUUUAAACAGAAUAUUCCUAUUGAUUUCUCGAAAGGUUUCGCAAUACCUGUUGAUGAUGAAUUCUUUGAAGUGAAUUGCGAAUCAAAAGGAAUUAUUAAAAAAUCGGUCUUCAAAUAUCAUUAUGCACAAAUAAUAAGGAAAAAUGAAACGAUUUCGAAAAAACCAAUUGUUGAAGAGAGUGAGAAUUUUCCGAGUGUCAUCAUGAUUGGAAUUGAUUCAAUGUCAAAAAGUAAUUUUAUUCGGCAGUUACCGAAAACAUUUAAACACAUGAAAGACACUGGAUUUGUGGUAAUGAAUGGACACGUCAAAAUUCAUGAUAACACAUAUGGCAAUUUGAAUGCAAUUUUAAUGGGAAAACGAGCUGUCAGUGUUGUGGAAUUUCCAGCUGAAAUUGAAGAAAGUUGGGAUAUCGCAUUUGAUAAAUAUCCAUAUAUUUGGAAAAACUUUAGUGAUAAUGGAUACGCGACAUUUUUUGCUGAGGAUCGACCAGAUAUUGGAACAUUCUCAUACAAGGAGAAAUUGAAAGGAUUUUUGAAAAAGCCGACAAAUCAUUACAUGAGGACGUUUUGGAUUGCUGCAUUUUGGUCUCUAAUUGCCCGCAGAUCCUCUUCAUAUUGUUACGAUAAAAAACCAUUUCAUCAGAUAAUGUUCGACUAUUUGGAAGAUUUUGUGCAAAAAUAUGACGAUAAACGCAAAUUCGCAUUUUGGUGGACACAAGAUAUCAGCCAUGAUUUCCUUAAUUCGAUAGGCGCCAUUGAUGAUGAUUUCGAAGAUUUUUUCGUUCGCAACGAGAAUGUGCUUCAGAAUUCGAUAGUUAUCGUGUUCUCUGAUCACGGACAUCGCACAGAUCGCAUUCGCGAAACGGUUGUCGGUCGUCUUGAGUCUCGUUUGCCGUUUCAUGCGAUCCGAAUCCCGCAAAAUUUGCGCAAAAAAUAUCCGUGGAUCAUUGAGCGAUUAGAGAUCAACUCGAGGCAAAUGACCACCCAAUUCGAUGUGUAUGAGAGUCUUUUGAAAAUUGCACGAGGUAAAAUAACCAAGGAAAUGAAGCAAACUGAAAAGAAAAGAGCAUAUUCAUAUUUUGAUGAAUUCUCCCGACGAAAUGGAUGCAAUGAAGCCGGUGUUCCGUCGGAUUAUUGUCCGUGUUUUGCUGAAAUCGAAAUUCCAAAAAAAGAAGCGAUGCCGGCCGCAACACAAUUAGUCAAACUAAUCAAUGAGUUGUUGGAAAGUGCUGAAGUGCCAAAAGAAUAUGUCGAGGAUGCUCCAGACUAUUAUAUGUGCCAGCCGAUUGAAAUGGACUCUAUCGAUUAUGCAUCGGUCCGCCUUCCUUCAGGCAGUAUAUUUCAUAACAGCAAAGAUUUGGAUGUUCCUCUUCAACAUGCUUCUUUACAAUAUCGAAUAGUAAUUAAAGCGAAGCCACCAAGUAAUGCUUUAUUAGAAGGUUCGAUGUCGUUUAAUUUGGUUGAGAAUGAGUGGACAACAAAUACAGAAAUUGAACGCAACAAUAAGUAUGGAAACACCUCGUUUUGUGUCGACGAUAGAGUUCUCAAAAAAAUUUGUCAUUGUAUCUUACGAAGUUUUGUUCGGAAGCAUCCAGCAAAGAUGAGAAAUCGUUUCGAUCUCGUUCCGCCUCCCACAAAUUUGAUGCUAUCUUCUUUUGAUCCAUUUCAAGCAAGAUCGUGGUUGUCCAUUCAUCCUGUGAUCAUGGAUCUAGAAGACGCUCGUCUCUUAUAUCCAAUUGAGAAAAAAGCUCAUUAUUACAACCAACCGCAUUAUAACCGAUUCCUUCUAAUCGUCAUCGCCCUUCUAACAGUUGCUCUGCUAUUCACAUGGUCUUCUUCAAAUGCACCACAACCGAUGUCUUCAUUCCAAUUGCCUCAAAAUACAUACGGAAAGAAGGAACGAGUAUAUACGUCGGAAGUCGAACGAGCAUUGCACAAAGAAUCGGACGAAGUCAUUAAGCAAAAGUACUAUAAAGAUCCAGUAUCGUCACUUGAUGGACUUGGUUAUGAUUUUAAUAAGGAUGAGAAGCAAAAGCUUGAUCCUCGCUAUGAGAAGCUCAACAGCUUGCCGCAAUGCGAUCUUUCGAAAGAUCGCGAUGUUAUCGUGAACAAUGUCACCCAGAUCGUCGAUGCGUUUCAUGACUGUAUCAAGCCGAUUGUUGAACAAUGGAGAGGAAAACCACACCAGAUGAUUCUUGAUUGGGUGACGCACACUCAGAAAUGCGAUAAUAUUCCAGAGUUUGCAAAUUUGAAUAUUGACAAAUUCUUGAACAAACACGAAACGAAAUGGACAAUUUUACCAAAAUGCAAGGAAGAGAAUAGCAUGGUAACCCUUGGAGUUGGUCAUGAUACUCUGGCCGAGGAAAGAUUGAAUGUGACUCUUCCGAACACCAAAUUUUACGGAGCUGAUCCAAUGAUUGAGCCGAACAUGCAGCUUUAUUCGGCUUUUGGAAAAUUCUUCCCGUUCGCGAUUGGACGUAAAGCCGGAAUGACAAGGUUCCGAGUUCUUCCAAACCAGAAUCAGAAGACAAGAAGAUAUUUGUGGCAAGAUGUCACUACAAUCGAUAUUGUUUAUUUUCUACACAACAUUUUGGGACUUCGUAGGAUUGAUAUUUCUUGGAUUGACAUUGAAGGAGGUGAAUUCGAGUUCAUCGAUUAUCUGAAUAAGGGCGGACCAUUCGAUGAGAUGGAUAUUUCCAUUUGUCAGUUCAAUAUGAAGGUGCAUACUGCGUACAUGCCAAAGGGAGAAACCAUAUUCCACGACUUCAUUUUCCAAGCUCUUCAGGAACGUCGUUGGGUGUUCUUGAAGCCGUUGCCAACCGGCACUGGAGUUUUCAGAAUGUUCUUCUUGAAUAUGGAAAAUAAGGAAUGUGUUCGCAAAUUUGUGCAAUAA